CGUUAAACGUUCAUCAUCACACUUCUUGUAGCUCCGUCCAUCUAUCUGCAAUCCUCUUCAAUCAUACCCAAAAAAAAAAAAAAAGAAACAGUGAUGUCUUCCGUUGCAGACUUGGUCAUCAAGAGCUUUAACCAUGCUUCCACGGCAUGUGAUGAAGAUGUGGUGGAUAGUUUUCGAGCAGCGUAUGUUGAGAAUGGUGGUGAUGAUGAUGACAGUGGCUAUGAUUAUGCUCCUGCUGCGUAAUUGGCUUCUAUUAGUAUAUAAUUGUAAUUUAGGAGGAGAAAAAGAGAGAGACAAAGUAAUUGAGAGACUUUUACCCGAAAAAAAAGAAGAAGAAGUAACUGAGAUAUCGAUAUCUAGCUAGGCCGUUUAUGUACGACAUAGUGUUGUGAGUCUUCUUAUAGGGGAUUAACAUUGGUUUCCUUAGUUGUAGGAGCAAAAUCAUCUCUUCCUUUACUAUCACUUUUUUUUGUCUCAUAAUUAUGCAAGGUUAGUGUAACUUUCAUUUUACUAUAUUUUUUUUUUAGUUUCCUAUUGAAUCAACACGUUUCAUAGAUUUUGGUGAA